UCCAAGUGGAGCGCAAGUGGCCGCCAUUUUUGUGAGUGUGGUCGCGUGUUUCUCUGUGUUUCUGUGAUACGCAAAAAGAAGUCGCCGGUGAAGUGCCACACACCCGAGAGACACUUCGUUUUUUAAGGGGUCGUCGUAGUCAAGGCGCUACAGGAUGAGUGACAUCGACGUCUCAAAGUUAAAAGUGGUCGAGUUGAAAGCCGAACUGCAGUCGCGAGGGUUAGAUACCAAAGGAAACAAAGCGGCGCUUGUAAAACGCCUGAAAGCUGUGUUAAAUACAGGAGGUGGAUCGGACUCAGGAGGAGAAGACGCCGGAGAUAGUGGAUGUGGAGGAGGAGACGAAGCAGAUCAGUCACAGGAUGAAUCCCUCAACUCCACAGCUGUGGGUGAAGACAGCAUCCUGCAGGACAGUGCUGGAGCAACACAGGAGUCCUCCUAUGCGCCAGAAGACCCAACAGAGGACUCUCAGACUGGAUCCGUUGCAGCAGAAUCUGCGGACGAUUCCAAAGCAGAAGAAAGCACGGAAGUCUCCAAGGAAGAGGCCGAUACUGCGGAGACAGAGCCGACUGCCGGUGAUGAUGAUGUAAAAGUCAAGGACGAGCCUGCAGAACAGGACAAGGCACAGGAGCCAAUGGACCAGACUGAAGCCGGAGAUGCUGCAGGGAAGAAGCCCGAGGUGAAUGCCGAAGUCAACGGCCAAGAGGCGACUCCUGCCGUCAAGAGAGAACCGGAAGAGGAUUCUGGUCGGCCCGCGAAGCGCAGGAGGUCCCGGAGUCCCGAUGGUGAUCGUAACAGACGGCGUUCUAGGUCCAGGUCACCACACCACAAGCAUCACAGCCGCAGGAGUCACAGCCCAAAGAGGUCGCGGUCACCUCCAAAAAUUGAAGAGUUCCCUGAGGACACGUUCGAUGCCACUGUCAUGUGUCUCGACACAUACAAUUCCGACUUGAACCUGCUCAUCGAAAAGACCCGCUUCUCUGCGGAGCCCAUGAGCCAGCACGGCUUUGGCCUCAUGUGGGCUGGAGUCAGGGGUUCCUACGGCUUCCUCAAGGGAAAGGUCUGCUUUGAAGUCAAGAUCACCAAAUUCCUCGACGUAUCCCACCUGCCAUCGGAUGAGCCCAACCCCAAUGUGGCACGUGUUGGGUGGUCCACAAAUGACACCAGCAUGCAACUUGGCGAGGAACCCUUCUCGUACGGUUACGGUGGAACCGGCAAGAUUUCAGAGAACUGCAAGUUCAAGGACUACGGAAAGCCAUUUGAAAAGGGAGACGUCAUUACCUGCUUUGCUGACUUGAGCGUGGACCCAGUGGUGCUGUCAUUUGCCAAAAACGGUGAACACUUGGGCACUGCGUUUGAAGUAUCCAAGGAAGCAUUGGCUGGGCGCCCGCUCUUUCCACAUGUGCUCUCCAAAAACUGUGCUUUUGAAAUCAACUUUGGGCAGCAGGAGAAGCCAUUUUUCCCACUGCCGUCUGAUUUUGAAGACUACCAGUUCGCUAGCUGUGUCCCCGUUGAUGAGCGAAUCCGAGGUCCCGAGCCUCCCAAGAAGAAGUCCGAGUGCGAGAUGAUCAUGAUGUGCGGGUUGCCGGGAUGCGGAAAGACCACCUGGGCCAACGAGUACAGUCAGAAGAACGCGGACAAGAAGUACAACGUCUUGGGUACCAACAACAUCAUCGAUAAGAUGAAGGUCAUGGGCCUUCCCCGCAAGCGCAAUUAUGCGGGCCGCUGGGACGUCCUCAUCGACAAGUCCACAAAGUGCCUGAACAAGUUGCUCGAGAUGGCCUCCCAGGCACCACGCCACUACAUUCUCGACCAGACGAAUGUGUACCCCUCGGCUCAGCGGCGCAAAAUGCGCCCCUUUGAAGGUUUCAAGCGCAAAGCAGUGGUGAUUGUGCCCACUGACGAGGAGUAUCUCAAGAGAUGCGCUAAACGAGAGAAAGAAGAAGGCAAGGAUGUACCCGACAUUGCCGUGCUGGAGAUGAAAGCCAACUUUACGCUGCCGGAGAAGGGCAACUUGUUUGACGAGGUAGAGUACACCGAGCUGAAGCCGGAAGAGGCCAAGGACCUCGUCAAGAAGUACAACGACGAGGGCCGCGCAGCGUGCGGCCCACCUCAGAGCCGUUCCCGGUUCUCGAACUUUGACCGCAACGAUGAUCGGGACCGGGAUCGUGGAUUUGGAGGCAGAGGAUUCCGUGGAGGACCCUUUCAUCGAGGUGGCGGUGGCUUCGAUAGACGGAGGCCAUUUGACCGCAGAGGAGGCCCGCCUGGUUUUAGGGGAGGACCUCCAAGAAGCUUUGGUGGACCACCUCCACCCAGGGGUGGCGGUCCUCCUGGGGGCUUCAGGGGCGGAUUUGGGGGCAGAGGGGGACCUCCUAUGCGCGGAGGACCUCCCCGUCCCGACCGUAGAGGCUGGGGCCGAGGGGGUGGUGGCAACUUUGGUGGACGAGCUCCACCCCCACCCCCGAUGCAAAACCGUGGCCCACCCCCUUCUCAGAUGCAGCCGCAACAGGGAUACGGAGGGUAUGGCGGUUACAACCAGCAGUACUCCGGGGGUUACGGACAACAGAACUACGGACAGCCCCAACAGCAGGGCAACUAUGCACCCUAUUCGCAGCAGUCGCAGCCACCUGCCCAGGGCUACGGGCAACAGCAGCAAGGGUAUGCUGCUCAACAGCAGCAGUACCAGCAGUACCAACAACAGUGGAGUCAGUACUACCAGAACCAGCAGCAAUGGAAUCAGUACUACCAGCAGCAGCAGCAGACUCAGCAAUACCCGGGCAGCUACACCGCGCAGUCGUCCGCGCCUGUUCCAGCUAUGCAGCCCGGCAUGCGGAAGUAGUUUGGUGUCUUGAGGCGGAAGGGGGGAGGGGGCCAUCACAAAUCUGUUUUACUCCAUCAGAAACAUCCUGUCACGUUAAUCGAGGAACACGCGCUGCAGAUUUUGGCAAUUGUCCUUUUAUGUACUUACGAUGUGGGGAGGCGCAGACUGUUGUCCUUUGUUUAGUGUCGACGGUGCAGAAAUUGGAAUGUCGUGUUUCCCCGAAGAAAGGGAUGGGCCUGUAUGUUUUGUCUGACGGUUGACAAUUUGCAAGGUCUGCUUUUUGGUUGUUUUAUUGGGUACUGGGGUGUGGUUGUGUGCAUUAUGUCUGAGUACUUCGAAUGACGUGUCACUGCGGGGGACAUCGCAUCCAUCACAUCUGAGCUGUUACGUUUAAAAAUGUAACUGCUAAGCUUAGUCUCUGUCGUUGUAACAUUAUGAGCACUGCGAGUGUGUCUGGACGACGCUGCGCUGCAAAAUUUUGACUACUUUUGCUGCCAGUGAGGACCAAAUAUUCUUCCGUGCUCUUCUUGCCCGCCUCGUUGUCGCGAGCGUCUCGACUUUGUUCCUACAUUAUCACUGCAUUUGAGUAGUUUGUGUGUGACUUCAUGCACUUUGUUUUUUACACCUUUCUCGCAAAAAAUGACCUGUGUAGAGUUUCGUCCAUGAGCUUUGACCCCGUGCUCUGAUGUCUGCACUAAUUAGAACAAGACUUUGAGUAAACAUUGAGAAAAGGAUGUGCAUUAUUUUGUACAUUGUAGCACACAUUCAUGUAGAUCAUUCCUUCAGAUGAAUUUGUAUAUCGCAUCUAUAAUAAAUAAGUCUGGAAUAUCA